CCUUAAUAAUACUAACACAAUUUCAUUUCCAGGGUAAGAUGAAUAUGUGCUUUACAAAAGCGUGUAAUAAAGGAUUUGCCCAUAUCUCUGGCUUCAGAUACGACAGCGCUGGUUCGUUCAGGUAAUGACCUCAAGUGUUAUUAUACUCUACUAUAAUGUCCAACUAAGACGAAAUACACUGUAAAAACGGAUUGGUUAUACAAUAACCAAUUUGAAUUGGUUGUCUCAGAUGCAUCUUCGUUAAUUUGACCAAAUUAACAUAGACAACGAGGCUGAGCUUUCUCAUAGUUUUAGUAUACCCUACUAUUAUUUUCAAAUUUAAACUCCAAGGGACCAAGUACAAUUUGAAAGAUUUAAAUAAAAUUUAAAACCUUGCACGAGUUUUGAAUGAUUUCUUUCAUGCAACCGUUGCACACUUUGCUUGCGGCUUCUUUGUUUACUUUUUGCAACAACCCGGCGAAAGAUAUUUUUAAAAAUACACAGCUCGCGAGCUUUGAAAAUAUUUUAAAACAUGCUGUAGGUCUAUAACAGUCAUUAUUAAGGCGAAAUAGAAGCGAAGUUUCUAAUUCCAGAACUUAACAUGUAAAAAUCCAGAACUUAACAUGAUUUCAAACUGUAAACAAUAUGGUUUCCCGAAAUGUUGCAGUAGUUUCAAUGGCGUAAUGGAGGAAGAGGGGCCGGGCCCUUAUAGGCAUAUUUUGUGUGGGGCCGGCCCCUGUUGACCGUGAUUGUCAUUGUUUGACUGAGAUAUUAUAUUCGUAUUGAAUAUUAAUAGAAUGUUCUGGAAAAUUCCGUGACAAUGACAAUGACAAUGACAAUGACAAUGACAAUGACAAUGACAAUGACAAUGACAAUGACAAUGACAAUGACAAUGACAAUGACGAUGACCAAAGUAAAAUAUAUUGUUCUCAUUUGCAAUAUAUAUGCAAAUUUGCGCCACAAGCAAGCAAAAAAACAUCGCCAACUGGCAACGCCUUCGCAAUUCUGAACACCAACAGUGGAAAUAUGGCUUGAUUAAAAAUGCCUCCAAAACCGCGUAAACAGCUGGAUUCCAAACGAAUACAAAACUCUUUAAGAGCGAACAUUUUAAGUCUGGUAAGUUUGUCUUUCAUUUCUACAAUGCCGUUUUCCUUACUCACGUCAGUGUAAUAAACGUCUCGUCGUUAACGUUUAUUAGAUAAGAGACGAACAGAAAGCAAUCGCAUGCCGUGCUAUUUGGCGUGUGUGCAACGAAGAUAUAGAGCUUGCAAGAUUUCAAAUAGCUUCCAAAAGAUUGCUGUUGGACGAUGCCAUUAAUGCAAUAGAAGGAGUGCAUUUCUUUUUCUCCAGCAUCACAAGCGUUUGUUUAAACUCGAAAUCAAAAGUUGAGGAAGAACCCACGGACAUGGAACCCGAUGAAACCUAUCCCUCGAUUUCAUAUUUCAUUGUCUACACACCCAACGACAAUUACAACGACAACACCUUUUUUACCGCGCUGCAUAACCAAGAUUUAGAGCCGGUCAUUCAAGGUAUGAAAGUUCGAAACGCUGCCAAUAAUGAAUUGGAAAAUGCGGCAAGACAGCUCUUUCAAACUGUGAAGGACCAUAACAACCGCAGUAUCCAGGACAUGCUUGACAUAUCGAAUGUAUACUGUUACCGCAAUGCCCACGACUCAUCGACAGACGAGGAGAACGACGAUGAGGAAUACGAUGAAGAAUUCCAUCCGACACACUUCCCGAGCGCUCCCUGUUGUGUCACAAUCGUCAAUCACGAUGGUUAUCUUGACGCCAUACAGUCAGCAGUCGAAAGGCUGCAAUCGGAUGGACUUGUGUUAGAAACGUCAUUAUCGCCACAAGUAGACACGAUACAAUCAUUGUCGCAGCCUAAUGAAAUUACACGAACUAUCAGAAAGAUUGCUCGCGUUAUGAUAAUCUGCGGCCACGUUCUUCACCGCUCCGCAAUUUAUACCACCCCCGCCAAUGCGAAGAUGACUAGUUAUGUCAGAAUGAUGGAUGUGUCAAGUUAUUUGAAUAAGCUUCUUGCAAACGACGCCCUAAACAACGACCUUGUUCGACAUUUCCAAGCGGUUGAGAAAAUACUAUCACAUCCAGCCUGCGAAAUGAUCCAGCAAAUUAAAUUGACUUAGACCUAAUCGAAGUGUCUAACGGGUUUUUUUCUCCAUCAGCGAACGCGCAUUCAUGGCGAACGCCAUUCCGUCGUCAAAGAUUGGCAAGUUAUCACCACGGGCCUUCGUUCCUUAUGAUUGUUCAACACCACUUCAACCUAGAUAUUUCCAAGAAGGCAUCCUAAAUUCAUUCCCUGGUGAAGAGGAACGUGUAAAUUUCCUCAACAAAUUUUACCAGUGUCUCUUUGCCUCUAGAAUGCCCCCAGAAGACAAGAAAACUUGUAGUAGCUGCUCCACGUGAUUCUGGUAAAACGUCGUGGUGCAACGUAUUCCAUCGAAUUAUUCCACCCGAAUGUAUCAACGCUUGGUAGCCCGUGGUUGAAAUUUUUCUAAGCGUCGAGUGAAAUUAGUUUUCCUAAGAUUUAACGGGCUACGGGCUACUAAUAUAAAUCCCAACAAAAACGACGGGCUACCCACGGGCUACCACUCAAAAUCACGGGCUACCAAUGGAAGUAGCCCGUGGUUGAAAUAUUUUCUAAGUGUAGUAUAAACUAUAAUAAAAUGAGAUAAAUUGUCGAAAAUAUUCUAAGUCUUUCGUAAGUGACCAUUUGAAAAAGACUUAGAAAAAUUUCAACCACGGGCUACCAACGCUUAGGGAAGCUCUAAAAUAUUACUGUAAGUAUAAAAUCACAUUUGAGACAAAGAAACACUUAAAAGACGUUAUUACAAGCAGCUGAAAUUUCAACGAUUUUGCUUGUAAUAGCACAAACAAAAGUGCUCUGCGAUUCCGUUUGUCUUCGUGUAACAUUUUGUGGCAAAUGUAUAACAGCAUAUUUAUUAUUAUAAUAACAUUUAAACUUUGUUCCAACCAUUAAACGUCUUCAGAUCAUAUUUUGUAGUCUUUGUUGUUCUUCGGGGAAAGAAUGUCCCACAAAAAUCUCCCGAAACCUUUGCAAAACAAAGAUUUCCGCCAUAUCUUUUCUCAACCACGGACCGUUAUGUAAUGGCUCUUGGUUGAGCAGCCAAUCAGAAUGCUGAAUUUGUCAUUACAAAUUCAGCAUUCUGAUUGGACUCAACCAGCGACCAUUACAUAACGGUUUAGGGUUGAGAGAAAAGAUGGAAACGUUUCCCCCGAAGAACAAAAAGACUACAAAACAUGACAUGAAGCAAAAUUUAAACUGCAUGUAUUUUAAUAAUAAACCUGACAUUACUUUCCACAAAGCUUUUAAGUGUUUCUUUGUCCAAAAUGUGAUUUUAUUUUUAUAGCAGUAUGCUAACUAUUUCAAGGCUUUUCUCCCUUUAUACGGUCUUUUUUUGUAUGCUUCGACAUUUCCCGCCUAAAACAACUUUCCUUAUAGGAUAAAAUUUUUUAAUGACUGUUUUUCACAUUGUUGUCAUUGUCUCGUUGUCGAUUGCGAAUAGUCAACCCUGACUACGCUUUCGCUGACUAUUCGCUCAUGGACAACUCGGCGUCUAAUUGUUAACUGGCCAAAACAACUGUACCAAUUGGUUAAAAUAACCAAAAUUUUAGUUGUUUUGACCAAUAAAGUAUUGGUCAAAGCAUGCAACUAAAACCAGUAUAUAAACAAUUCCCAUUAUAGACCAAUUUUUUUUCUUGGAAAAAAAGUAUAUUCCCAGAAAGAGCAUACUAAAAUUAGUAAAAUUGCAAAGUUUGGUUGCGAAGUAUUGUAAAAUGCGGAAAUAUAUAGCCUUGCAAAGUUCGCAAAUUUUUUAUACUUUUGUAUUGCGUGCGGAAGUUGCUACCACAUUUAGACCGAAAAUGGUAUAGCAAUUUCCACACGCAAUAGAAAAGUAUACAAAAGUUGCUUUGCAAACUUUACAAGGCUAUAUAUUUUCCGCAUUUUACAAUAUUUCGCAUCUUUCUAGCUGUGGACUAUGGUGAUUUUUUUGUAUCUUAUUGCCCAGUAUUAAAAUUAGUCCAUAAUGGGAAUUAUUACGCAUUACUGAUAUACAAUCUCUGCAUGUUUUGAUUGGUUGCUGGCCUACAGAUAAUUAACAGUUAUUCUACGAACUCGAGUCGAAUAUGAGCUGAUAGCCGAUGAGGCGCAUAGCGCCGAAUCGGUAGCACUCAUAGCCUAUAUUUGACGAGAGUGAGUGGAAUAACUGUUUUAUUAUAUAUACAAGGUCUGAAUUCACAGACUUUGCUUUUCGGAUAUUUUCAAUAUUUCUUCUAUCUUCGCUCUUUCGGCCGAUUAGUUUUUCAAAAUAUAUAUUUUUAACCAUUUAAAUUUUAAAAAUUCAUUAGUUAACCUGUGAACAAUUUGUGGGAGUUUUUUCCAUUGUGUUUUUAACCCUGUAAAGGCUAUAAAAAGCCAAAAACUUGCCGUUUUCUCGUUCGCAAACGUCGGAAAUUCAGUUCGAGCCGCCAUUUUGUUUUUCUCUACUAGCAGGAUAUGACCUAAUAUUCUGCUAGUAGAGAACCAAUCAGAUCGCAGAAUACCUCAUAUCCAGACCUUGUGUAUAUAAUAUAUUACACUGUGGAAUUCUGAUUUUAAACAUGUAGACGGCUUGUACGUUUACUAAUUCCAGAUAUUCUACAGUUAUAGUGUUGUAUCAGCGAAGUCUGGAAUUCGUGAAAAUUCCACUGCCUUUCUGGGAUGCGAUCAUGGAAAGGUAAACCACUUCGUACACUGUCACAUGAUUUUACUUAAUUCAUUUCAGUACUACUCUUAGACCUCUUACACUCUAUAAAAGUGCUCUCACUGGUUUAAGAUUUCCUGAUUAACCUAGAAAUAACACCAUUUGGAUUAACUUAAUAUUUCUGGUUAUUUUAACCUUUUCCCUCGAUAUUUUAACCUAUAGUCUAGUCAGUUUGACCAGGAUUUACUGAUUAAAUUAACCAGGCCAUAUUUUAGGUUUGUAAAUGACCAGGGGUCUCUGCUUUUUUAUCCACCUAACAUAUAUAGUCUGGUUAUAAUUUAACUUAACCAAUAAGGCUUGGCCAAAUUGACCAGACUCUAUAUAGCUUAGUUAAACGAACCAAGAGAAAGGUACGUUAAUUAAUUAAAAUGACCAGCAAAAUUAACAACGAACCAGGAAUUUCAACCAGAAAGUUUUUAGAGUGUACUUACUAUUCCCUUAUGGUACAAUUUGAUGGUAUUCAGCUUCCACAUAAAAAACUUAAUUUUUCAGUCCAAAUUUAUGAAGACUGGCGUAAAUGAGAUCGCUGCAUUAUAUAACAGUCAAUUUCGCAUUCCCGCGCUUUUCCCUAAAAUAUUGCACAUUUCGUUCGGCGCAGAAGUUCGCUGUGAACUUCAUAUAAAGUUCAUAACAAUAUUGAAAAACCGGCGGUUUGUAAACUAUAAGCAUUUGAUUGCUUCUGUUAAUUUAGGAACUAAUCAGAAUCCUUGUCUAAUUAAACCGGCUUGUGAAUUUUAGUAUGAGCGAAGUUUGGAACAUUUUAAGCAAAAGUUAUGUAAAACCAACUGUACUACCAUGCAUAACUGGUAAACAGUACAUGACCAAUAACAGACGUGAUAAAUGUAUAAUAUAACAUGUUAUAGGACCGCGAACGUUCACUGAUCUGUCUAUAUCGAAGGGUGCAACAGUUUGCAGAAUCCAAGAAUAUAAUAAACUCUCAUCUAAUCCCAGCUAGUAACCCAAUUAGGGACAUCAAGUAGUUUAAUUCGAUCUUUGCAUGAACUAAUAUGACCAUAUUUGCGUCAUAGUGCUGUGCAUGUUUUGGUCCAGACAGUAAAAUGGACUACUGUGCACCAAGAUGUCAAGCUAUGAAUGGAGGCACAAUUUUAAAGAAAGACGCAACAAUACGUGUCUGGUUCUGGAUCCGCACAUCUUUGCCAAAACGCGUUUGGAAAAAGUGUAUGGAAUUCCAAGAAAGGAGCAGUGCUGGAAAAUUAGAAACAUGGCAUGUUAGUAACGAGGGGGGAAUAGCGAAGAAGGUACUGUAUAAUUUCAUAAGCCAAUAUCUAUUGAAAUAGAUAUUAAGCCAAUAUUAUUGCUGAAGUAAUACAUGCAGCUAUAGGAUAAAAUCUUUCAGUUGACACAACUUAAAACGCAACCUACUGUUACGGAUAAUUGCUUUAUAUUUUGUUAUAAGCGCUAAAUAUAGCGCUGCAUGCAUGCAUACGGUAUGGCUAUCAUUAUAUUUAUAUAUACAGUACUGUACAAGUCUGUUGUAUUAAUGUAUGUGCGUUCAUUCUAUAUUUUUCCUAAAUAAAUGUAGUGUUUUUUAUUAUAAUAUUAUUUAUUAAUAUCUAUAGGGAAAAUGCUCAUAUCCUGGAGACAUCAAAAUGAACGACGGGGU